AGAAUAUUUCAAGAACAUAACGUUACAGAAUCACAGGAUGCUAAUGACCUUACUGUGUUUUAAACAAUUCAGAAUUAUUUCGUUUUGAUUUUUUUAAAUAUUGUUUCAUGUACCGCCUAUGUUCGUCCUCACAUAGAAUUAUUCACAGACUUUCAUCAUAAACUUCAUUCUUUCUCUCGGGGACGUCUUGUCCAAAACAUUAUACUUCAUUUCGUUUUACUGAACAACUUAUAAAUCUUUUGGUUUUCUUUUUCUGUGUCUAUUUCCAAUCCGAUUCUUACCGGAGACAGACUAACAUUAACGCCCCAAUUCUGAUUUAGUUCAAUGUACACAUGUCAGCCUCAAACCUACCAAAAAGUAAAGUUGACAGUCCUGUUCCCUCAAAUUCAUCAAACAACCACACAUCUGGAAGUGAACAAGAUCCUUCUCAAAAACCUGCUUCAAAAUUGGAAACACCCACAUCUGCAAAUGUUUCGUUUAAUUUAGAUGUGAAGAAAGAUGAAAAACCAUCUAGUAAAUUGUGCCGAGCAUGUACAGAUUUUAAAACCUGGAUGAAAGCACAACCUGCAAUAACUCAGGUUGAGAAAAAACCUGCUGAAUGUCCACUUGAUAAAAAUGAGUUAGGCAGUAACACAUGGUCAUUCCUUCAUACAAUGGCUGCUUAUUAUCCAGAUAAACCAACAACACAACAGCAACAAGACAUGCAUUCAUUUAUAAAUAUUUUCGCAAAGUUUUAUCCAUGUGAUUAUUGUGCAGAACAUCUAAGGGAAGAUUUGAAAACUAAUGUACCAGACACAACUUCUCGCCAUAAUUUAUCACAAUGGUUUUGUCAUACCCAUAACCGAGUGAAUCUCUUGCUUGGUAAACCACAGUUUGAUUGUAGCAAAGUUGAUGAGCGUUGGAAAGAUGGAUGGAAAGAUGGCAGCUGUGAUUAAACACUAAAAUGACUUGUUAGACAUCCAUUAACUACCCACUAAUUGCUGGUUGUUGAUUAAAUCUGUUAUCAAAACAACAAACAAACCUCAUCCAAUUUUGA